AUGGCUUUACAAACGAUCAUAAACGAACGAACAGCACGAUAUUUCGAUUUAGUCAAAGAACCUGAAACGUUAAAACGAACAAACGGUAUUCCACUUGCAGAGUCUGAAUACAAAGAUUUUCACGUCAAUGGUGCCGUUGUUCCUGCUGAUUGGGAUGUAAGUUUCGGCGAUGUUUUGAAUUGGUCAAAGGGACGACCAACAGAAGCUUACUUCGUCAUGGCUGAUCGAACACUAUUGAAAAAUCCUGAUCGUUCUGGUUCAGGCUAUUUAACUAUUCCUUUUGUUGUGACCAAAGACACACGAAAUGCUUUACUUAAAUACGAAUACGUUAUCAAUGGUAUCGGAAAAGAUUAUGUAUCGACCGUUGAAAUGCAUCCAGAUGAUACAUUCAUCCAAAAAAACUGGGGUGCUGUACCAGCUGAGAUGCAUUCGCGUAAUGUCGAGUUCAUCUAUGAUCCAUUAGAAGAAUUUCUCUAUGUGCACAUUCCACAUACAUCCAAACGAAAAGAAUUCAAAUUAGGCUCCACAACGAUGAAAGAUAUUGAAACAUGGUUUCACGGAGCAUUGGAAGAUCAAGCAUCAUUUCUUGUCAAAUAUGAUUUCACCGGUCCACAAUACCAAAAAUAUCGCGAUGUGUAUCGUUUACAUGAAGAGACAUUUGCUCUACCAAAAACAUGGUCAGCUGCACCUGGCACCAUCGAUAUUGGUUCUGAUCACACUCGUGGAGAAUGGGUGUUCUAUGGUGACCGUAAACAUUUGAACGAUGCCAAAAAACAUGUGCAAGAAUUUUACAAAGAUCUCAAUGUAACCAUCAUUGAUGAACCACACAAAGUUGUUUCCGUCGUCUAA